GUUAUAAAGUAUUAUGUUCAUGGGUGUAUCCAGGAUUUUUUUUCAAGGAGAGGUCUUUAUCGAUUCUGUUAACAUAACAAUAUUAAAAAAUAGCAAUAUUAAUAAAUUUGCUGAAGAAGCUCUAAAAAUGCUCCCGUUAGUCGGUAUAGCGUGACGUAGCCAAUCAGGAUCCUCGUCUUCCUCGAUUUUUCCGUUCACAAAUAUCUCUGUCGCGUGAAAUAGACAUUUUCCUUAAUUAUUCCUUCACCUUUCCGCUGCAUCCUGACGAUUGUUACGUCAUACACAUAGAUAUGUCAUCAUGAUUGACGACAGCCUAAUUUCGCACCACGUGGUUUUAUGCCGGUUGUGAUAAAUCAGCGUUCUUGGAUGAGUGACACGUUACGGUGGCACGAUCAGGCACGAUGGCAAAGCAUCUGGCAGAUCAAAUUUUGGAAUAUUUAAAUACGCACGAUGAAACGAAUUCGUUGGAAUUGGCGGACAAAUUUCAGGAAGAUCAUCAGAAAAUCGUGGGCGCAAUCAAGAGCCUCGAGACAGUCGACAACUUGAUCACGGUGAAACCGAUCUCCAAAAAAAGAUGGGAGACGACCGACGAGGGAGAACAUAUAAUAAAGCAUGGUAGCCAUGAAGCAGUUGUUUAUAAUGCUGUUCCUGACAAGGGGAUAUCGGCGACAGAGCUUAUGAAGUCUGGUCCUUAUGCGAAAGUGGGUUUUUCUAAGGCGAUGAAUGCUGGAUGGAUUGAGCUUGAUAAAAGCAAAGAUACUCCUAUCGUACGGAAGAAAGUAUCAUCCAUUGUAGAUACCAUUCAGACGCAUUUGAAAAAUAUAGAAAAUAUCCCUGACAAUGUUAAAAUGGAAUACAAGAAAAGAAAGCUUUUGCAAGAGGUAAUAAUUAAGAUUAUGCAUCUUGAAAAAGGACCAAAUUUUUCUACCAAAUUAGAAAAAUUAGAAGCAGACUUGACAUCAGAUCUAUUGAUAAAUGGCGCCUGGAAGGAUAAGAAAUUCAAGCCAUACAACUUUGAUGCUUUUGGUACAACACUUCAAGUUGGACACUUGCAUCCUCUGAUGAAAGUUCGUCAUGAAUUUAGGAAGAUCUUCCUGGAAAUGGGAUUUACAGAAAUGCCAACAAAUAAUUAUGUAGAAAGUUCUUUCUGGAAUUUCGAUGCUCUCUUCCAACCGCAACAACAUCCUGCUCGUGAUGCACAUGAUACCUUUUUUAUUUCUGAACCUCGUGUUAGUACACAAUUUCCUAUGGAAUAUCUUGAAAGAGUGAAGACUGUUCAUAGUAAAGGAGCAUAUGGAUCUCAAGGUUAUAGAUAUGAUUGGAAGUUAGAAGAGGCGCAAAAAAAUUUGCUACGCACUCACACAACAUCAAAUAGCGCGCGAAUGUUAUAUCAACUCAUGCAGAAGGAAGAGUUUAAGCCAGUUAAGUACUUCAGUAUUGAUAAAGUAUUUCGUAAUGAAACUUUAGAUGCAACGCAUCUCGCUGAAUUUCAUCAGAUUGAGGGCGUUAUUGCCGAUUAUGGUCUUACAUUGGGUAAUCUUAUCGGCACUUUAUAUGAAUUCUUCAGUAAACUCGGUAUCACUCAGCUUCAGUUCAAGCCUGCAUAUAAUCCAUAUACUGAACCGAGUAUGGAAAUAUUCUGUUUCCAUAAUGGCCUAGGGAAAUGGAUAGAAAUCGGUAAUAGUGGUAUGUUUAGACCCGAAAUGUUAUUGCCAAUGAAUAUACCUCCCGAAGUAAAUGUCAUUGCAUGGGGCUUAUCAUUAGAAAGGCCGACAAUGAUUAUGUAUGGUUUAAACAAUAUACGCGAUCUUGUUGGGCCAAAAGUGGACAUGGCAAUGGUUCAUAACAAUCCCAUAUGUCGAUUAGAGAAAACUAAUCGAGCAAAUCGAUUAUCAUGGAAAGUAUCAGAGCAAGAGAAGAUUAAAAUACAAUCAUCUCGAGAAGUAAAAAUCAAGCUGAGAGAAAAAUUUUUAAAACAGUCACUUGUUAUUUUUUGCGAUCCAAAGCAUCCAAUUUAUUUCAUCGAGCUUUUUUUGCAAUUCUUAAAGCCAUAUCUUCACAUUUCUAUGUCAACGCAUAUUCACUCUAUGGUGACAAACUUCCCUAAUGAGCUUGCUGACUUUGGAUCAUGUAAUUCUAACGUGGAUUCAGAUAUGUCUUUAAUUUUAAUUUGGAAACCUGUUGGAGUUGAUCCUAUUAUGGUGCUACCUGGAAUGCAUAGAAUUCUGGGAGUAGUAAAUAUAGCACGGUAUUUAAAUCGUUUGAUCGAACAGAUUGGUAUAAAUAUACUGAAGUAUGAAGGAAAUGGUCCACUUUACGCAAGUAAGAUAGAUUCUUAUUUGGACAAACUUCAACUUGCUUUAUAUGACAUGGAUAUUGACGGAUUGCAGACGAUUUGUAAAAAAUCACAUUAUCAUGUAAUGGAUUUUCCUCCUAGUUUCCGUAGUAUUCUGUAAUUCUUAGCAACUCAAUGUUACAUUGAUAUACAACGAUAUAUCAAAGCAGAUAUGAUGUCACCAUUAACCGCAUUCAGAGCGAUAAAAAGCUAACUGCAGUCAGAAACGUUACAAAUGAAACGUGUGAUAUACAUUUUUUGCAUCAAAAAUAUAUGUAUCUAGUCAUAUAAUUUCACGAUUGGUGAAUUUGUACGGAUGCUACGCGUAUGACGCAAUGAUCAGGGGUUUGUAGCAAUUCGUUGCGCGAUCAGAGGGCACCGUGGAAUUUUAAGCUCUGAUUUAAAGUAUCGACAGCAGGUGGUCGCGGUGGCAGCGGAUUCGUCCGCGGGCUUCUGUCGCGUCCGCAUCGGGAUUCGCGCGCGCUCGUACGUUCGCUCAUUCACUUGCGAGAUCGGAAGCGUCGCGAGCCGCGCAUCAUCGUCGGUCGCGUGUUCCAUUCUGAUACAAGUGACACGCAAUGUGUGAGAAUCAGCCUAGUGGGCGCCGCAUCGUGUAAAGAGCGAGGAAACGGGAAAAGAAUAGAAGUAAAAAAAAAAAAAGUGAGCGCGCGAGGCACGCGAAGCGUGCGUGAAAUUGCGUAUUGACGAUAUCGCGCCGUGUUCUCGAGCGAUUCCUCGGACCGAAGAGUCAGUCUCGGGUCUCAGGUGAAAGAGCCCUUCGAGGAGAGGAGAGGUUGUGUUCGACGGCGCGCGGUACGCGCGAGCGAGAGGAAGAGCGCGUGUAUUGUACGUACGCGCGCUCGCGCGCGCGCGUAUUGUGCAUGCAUGCGUGCGUGCGUAUGUAAAGCGACACGGCCGAACUAGCACGGUGUGCUUUCUCCUCUCUUUCUGCUGCACGCAACAAUACGUACGUCGGUGAAAGAGCCGCGAGCGCGAAUUUUCGUGCGUGCGACGACCAACGUUGAACUAGACGAGUGAUCGUGUGCCGCGGCGAAGAGGAAGAGGAGGAAGAGGAGGAAGAGGAGGAGGAGGAGAAGGUCGUGAACUCGCGAGCGAGCGAGCGAGCGAGAGCGAGAGAUUGUUCGAGAAACGUCGACGGCGAUUGUGCUAGGGGUUCUACUAGUGGUGGCGUGCACGGAUCCCGUCUGUUUGUCAAGGUUAAAGAAGACGGGACGAUACCGUCGCGUCGUGCGAGAUGCCCCGCUAAAAUGGCGGUGAUCGGCACCGUCGUCGACUGAUAAAGACAGAG